UCACUUUUUUAUCUCUCUUUUUUUAAACCUUAAAUGAGGAUUAUAAUGUUAUAGAGAUAAGAUGCUUGAGAUUCUUUUGGAGAAACAGUUUUGUGGGAGAAGGAUUAUUUUGCUUUAUGACCAACUAAAGGUUUGUGCUUUGGGUAUUCCUCUCCUGAACCUCUUUAAACCAGGAAUUGAUUUUUUUUUUCUUUUUAAAAACAGAAUUACUCUUUAGGUAGCAACUUGGAAAUGCAGAACUGCAGGACUGCAUGGGGUGAAUUUUUUGAAAAGACGAAAGCUGAACUCACGGGAAUCAAAUGGCGUAGGUACAAUUUUGGAGGGCAUGGGGACUGUGGACCCAUAAUUUCAGCCCCAGCCCAAGAUGAUCCAAUCCUGUUAAGUUUCAUCCGCUGUCUGCAAGCCAACUUGCUGUGUGUAUGGCGUCGUGAUGUCAAACCAGAUUGCAAAGAGUUAUGGAUAUUCUGGUGGGGAGAUGAACCCAACUUAGUGGGCGUAAUACAUCAUGAACUGCAAGUUGUGGAAGAAGGACUCUGGGAAAAUGGCCUUUCCUAUGAAUGUCGGACGCUACUCUUCAAAGCAAUCCACAAUCUGUUAGAAAGGUGCCUAAUGGAUAAGAACUUCGUUAGGAUUGGGAAAUGGUUUGUUCGACCGUAUGAAAAGGAUGAAAAGCCAGUCAACAAAAGUGAACAUUUGUCCUGUGCUUUCACAUUCUUUCUUCAUGGGGAAAGUAAUGUAUGCACAAGUGUGGAGAUUGCCCAACACCAGCCAAUUUAUUUGAUCAAUGAGGAGCAUAUACACAUGGCUCAGUCUUCACCUGCACCAUUUCAAGUACUGGUAAGUCCUUAUGGAUUAAACGGCACGCUAACAGGCCAAGCAUACAAGAUGUCCGACCCAGCCACCCGUAAGUUGAUAGAGGAAUGGCAGUAUUUCUACCCAAUGGUGCUGAAAAAGAAAGAAGAAUUGAAAGAGGAGGAGUUGGGAUACGACAAUGAUUUCCCUGUGGCAGUCGAAGUAAUUGUUGGUGGUGUCCGGAUGGUUUAUCCUUCAGCUUUUGUUCUGAUCUCUCAGAAUGACAUCCCAGUUCCUCAGAGCGUUGCCAGUGCUGGAGGCCAUAUUUCAGUUGGGCAGCAGGGACUUGGUAGUGUGAAGGACCCAAGUAACUGCGGGAUGCCUCUUACCCCGCCCACCUCUCCAGAACAGGCUGCCACAGGUGAGAGUGGAGGUGCUCAGAGUGCUGUCAGUCACUUAGGUGCCCAAGAUGGGGGGAUGAUAACUAUGCACAGUCCAAAGAGAUCGGGGAAGAUUCCUCUAAAACUCCACAAUCAUAUGGUCCAUCGAGUCUGGAAGGAAUGCAUCCUCAACAGAACGCAGUCCAAGAGGAGCCAAGUGUCAACUCCAACUCUUGAAGAAGAGCCUGCUAACAAUCCUGCUACUUGGGAUUUUGUGGAUCCAACCCAAAGAGUCAGCUGUUCCUGCUCUAGGCAUAAACUUUUAAAACGUUGUGCCGUAGGAACCAACCGACCUCCCACAAUAUCUCAACCAGGGUUCAAUGCAGGACCAUCAUCAUCUUCAUCUUUACCACCUCCUGCUUCUUCUAAGCACAAAACAACAGAAAGACAGGAAAAGGGAGACAAGUUGCAAAAGAGACCCUUGAUACCAUUUCACCAUAGGCCCUCUGUGGCUGAAGAGUUAUGCAUGGAACAGGAUACACCAGGGCAGAAGCUAGGGUUGGCAGGGAUAGACUCCUCCUUAGAGGUGUCCAGCAGUAGGAAGUAUGAUAAGCAAAUGGCCGUGCCUUCCAGAAACACAAGCAAGCAAAUGAAUCUGAAUCCUAUGGAUUCACCUCAUUCCCCUAUUUCCCCUCUGCCGCCAACACUCAGCCCUCAGCCGCGAGGUCAGGAAACGGAGAGUCUGGACCCACCAUCUGUCCCUGUGAAUCCAGCCCUCUAUGGAAAUGGGCUGGAACUCCAGCAGUUGUCUACUCUGGAUGACAGAACUGUCCUCGUAGGCCAAAGACUGCCUCUGAUGGCAGAAGUCAGCGAGACAGCCUUAUAUUGUGGGAUUAGGCACUCGAACCUGGAGUCAUCAGAUAAGUGGUGGCAUAGGUUUUGUCUCCCACCCAUUGAUGAUGUUGAGUUCCGGCCUCCAGAGCUUCAGGGUGAGAGGUGUGAUGCCAAAAUGGAGGUAAACUCAGAGAGCACUGCAUUGCAAAGACUCUUAGCACAACCUAAUAAACGGUUUAAAAUCUGGCACGACAAGCAGCCCCAGAUGCAGCCACUCCACUUCCUUGACCCAUUGCCUCUCUCACAACAACCUGGAGACAGUUUGGGAGAAGUCAAUGACCCAUAUACCUUUGAGGACGGUGACAUAAAAUACAUCUUCACAGCAAACAAGAAAUGCAAACAAGGGACGGAAAAAGAUUCCCUGAAAAAGAAUAAGUCAGAGGAUGGAUUUGGUACCAAGGAUGUCACUACACCAGGUCAUUCCACGCCGGUGCCUGAUGGGAAAAAUGCCAUGUCUAUUUUCAGUUCUGCUACUAAAACAGAUGUCCGGCAAGAUAAUGCUGCUGGCAGAGCUGGCUCCAGUAGCCUUACGCAGGUGACAGAUUUGGCACCUUCCCUGCAUGACUUAGACAACAUCUUUGAUAAUUCUGAUGACGACGAACUUGGGGCUGUAUCACCUGCACUUCGUUCAUCAAAAAUGCCAACAGUUGGGACUGAAGACAGACCUCUUGGGAAGGAUGGAAGAGCUGCUGUUCAUUACGCACCAACAGUUGCAGACCUGCAAAGGAUGUUCCCCACCCCUCCUUCUUUGGAACAGCACCCUGCAUUUUCUCCUGUGAUGAGUUAUAAAGACGGGAUCAGUUCAGAGACAGUGACAGCAUUAGGCAUGAUGGAGAGUCCUAUGGUCAGUAUGGUUUCAACACAACUCACUGAAUUCAAAAUGGAAGUGGAAGAUGGCUUAGGAAGCCCCAAGCCAGAGGAAAUAAAGGACUUCUCAUAUGUGCACAAAGUUCCAACUUUUCAACCUUUUGUGGGAUCCUCCAUGUUUGCUCCACUGAAGAUGUUGCCAAGCCAAUGCCUGCUACCUCUGAAGAUACCUGAUGCCUGUCUGUUUCGGCCUUCGUGGGCAAUCCCUCCUAAAAUUGAACAACUGCCCAUGCCACCUGCAGCCACUUUCGUUAGAGAUGGCUACAACAAUGUGCCUAGCGUCGGGAGCCUAGCAGACCCAGACUAUCUGAACACACCACAGAUGAACACACCAGUGACGUUGAACAGUACUGCCCCAGCCAGCAACAGUGGAGCAGGAGUUCUGCCAUCGCCAGCAACCCCUCGCUUCUCUGUCCCCACGCCACGAACCCCCAGGACCCCAAGAACUCCCAGAGGUGGGGGCACUGCCAGUGGUCAAGGGUCUGUUAAAUAUGACAGCACCGAUCAGGGGUCACCAGCCUCUACCCCCUCUACCACGCGGCCCCUUAACUCUGUGGAGCCUGCCACCAUGCAGCCAAUUCCAGAAGCCCACAGUCUCUAUGUCACCCUGAUUCUCUCUGAUUCUGUGAUGAAUAUCUUUAAAGACAGAAACUUUGACAGCUGUUGCAUCUGUGCCUGCAACAUGAACAUCAAAGGGGCAGAUGUCGGUCUUUACAUCCCCGAUUCUUCCAACGAGGACCAGUACCGCUGUACCUGUGGGUUCAGUGCGAUUAUGAAUCGCAAACUUGGUUACAAUUCAGGACUCUUCCUGGAAGAUGAGUUGGAUAUUUUUGGGAAGAAUUCUGAUAUCGGUCAGGCUGCAGAGAGGCGCUUAAUGAUGUGUCAGACCACCUUCCUUCCUCAGAUGGAGGCAGCCAGAAAACCCCAGGAGCCACCUAUAAGCCUUCUCCUCCUCCUCCAGAACCAACACACACAACCUUUUGCUUCGCUGAGUUUCCUGGACUACAUUUCCUCGAACAAUCGCCAAACUCUUCCCUGCGUAAGCUGGAGUUACGACCGGGUGCAAGCAGAUAAUAACGAUUACUGGACGGAAUGCUUUAAUGCCUUGGAGCAAGGGCGGCAGUAUGUGGAUAAUCCCACAGGUGGAAAAGUGGAUGAAGCACUGGUGAGAAGUGCCACUGUGCACUCUUGGCCUCAUAGCAACGUGCUGGACAUCAGCAUGCUCUCCUCCCAGGAUGUGGUCCGUAUGCUGUUGUCCCUGCAGCCCUUUCUCCAAGAUGCCAUCCAGAAGAAGCGCACGGGCAGGACCUGGGAGAAUAUCCAGCACGUGCAGGGACCGCUCACGUGGCAGCAGUUCCACAAAAUGGCAGGCCGGGGCACCUAUGGUUCAGAAGAGUCUCCUGAGCCGUUGCCCAUCCCCACCCUGCUGGUAGGCUAUGACAAAGACUUCCUCACCAUCUCGCCAUUCUCCUUGCCGUUUUGGGAGAGGCUGUUGUUGGACCCAUAUGGGGGCCACCGUGAUGUUGCCUAUAUUGUGGUGUGUCCAGAAAAUGAGGCCUUGCUCGAAGGAGCCAAAACUUUCUUCAGGGACUUGAGCGCUGUAUAUGAGAUGUGUAGGCUUGGGCAGCACAAGCCCAUCUGCAAAGUGCUACGUGAUGGGAUCAUGCGUGUGGGGAAGACCGUGGCACAGAAGCUGACCGACGAGCUUGUGAGUGAGUGGUUUAACCAGCCGUGGAGCAGCGAGGAGAAUGACAAUCAUUCCAGACUCAAACUUUAUGCGCAAGUUUGCCGCCAUCACCUAGCACCUUAUUUAGCCACUCUGCAGCUCGAUAGCAGCCUGUUGACGCCACCUAAGUACCAGACCCCACCAGCAGCAGCACAGGGACAAGCUACUCCUGGGAACACUGGGCCUUUACCUGCAAAUGCAGGGUCAGCAGCUCCCUCCGCCGGCGGUGCAUUUAAUCCCACCUCCAAUGGCAGUUCUGCGAACCCUGCAGCAAGUAGUUCCACGUCUGGUUCCACCGUGCCACCGGUCUCAUCGUCUGCCUCUGCUCCCGUCGUUAGCCAGCUAGGCACUACCUCUUCGUCAGGAUUCAGUGGUAGUGUUGGAGGGCAGAACCCCAGCACUGGGGCCAGUUCUGCUGAUAGGACGCAAGGGAACAUAGGCUGUGGUGGAGACCCUGAGCCUGGGCAGAGCUCCUCUCAGCCCUCACAGGACGGACAAGAAAGUGUUACAGAGAGGGAGAGAAUAGGAAUUCCCACGGAGCCUGACUCCGCAGACAGCCAGGCCUAUCCUCCAGCUGUUGUCAUUUACAUGGUGGACCCCUUCACCUACACUGCAGAGGAAGACUCUACCUCUGGAAACUUUUGGCUGUUGAGUUUGAUGCGCUGCUACACAGAGAUGCUGGAUAAUUUACCUGAGCAUAUGAGAAAUUCUUUCAUUCUCCAGAUUGUGCCUUGCCAGUCCAUGCUGCAGACAAUGAAGGAUGAACAAGUUCUCUACAUUCAAUACUUGAAGUCCAUGGCAUUUUCAGUGUACUGCCAGUGCAGGCGACCUCUGCCUACACAGAUCCACAUUAAGUCCCUCACAGGGUUCGGGCCUGCCGCCAGCAUUGAGAUGACCCUCAAGAAUCCGGAGCGGCCCAGCCCAAUCCAGCUUUACUCCCCUCCUUUUAUAUUGGCCCCAAUCAAAGACAAGCAGACAGAGGCCCCAAACAAAGACAAGCAGACAGAGCUGGGAGAGAUACUUGGUGAAGCGAGCCAGAAAUACAAUGUGCUCUUUGUGGGCUAUUGUUUGUCUCAUGAUCAGCGCUGGCUUUUGGCUUCCUGCACUGACCUCCAUGGGGAGUUACUAGAAACCUGCAUUGUAAAUAUUGCUUUACCAAACAGAUCACGGAAGAGUAAAGUGUCUGCACGUAAAAUUGGACUGCAGAAGUUAUGGGAAUGGUGCAUAGGUAUUGUCCAAAUGACAUCUCUACCCUGGAGAGUUGUUAUUGGGCGACUCGGGCGUCUUGGCCAUGGGGAGCUUAAAGAUUGGAGUAUCCUCCUUGGAGAAUGUUCACUGCAGACAAUCAGUAAACGGCUCAAGGACAUGUGCCGGAUGUGUGGAAUCUCUGCCACAGACUCUCCUUCUAUCCUUAGUGCCUGCCUGGUUGCCAUGGAGCCCCAGGGGUCCUUUGUAGUGAUGCCAGAUGCUGUCACAAUGGGCUCUGUUUUUGGCCGAAGUACUGCACUAAACAUGCAGUCAUCUCAGCUUAACACCCCUCAAGAUGCUUCUUGUACACACAUCUUGGUAUUCCCAACAUCUUCAACCAUCCAAGUGGCUCCAGCCAACUAUCCCAAUGAAGAUGGGUUUAGCCCCAACAAUGACAUGUUUGACCUUCCAUUCCCAGAUGAUAUGGACAAUGACAUUGGCAUAUUAAUGACUGGGAACCUCCCCUCCCCCAACUCCUCCCCGGUCCCUUCCCCCGGCUCUCCUUCUGGAAUCGGUGUGGGCUCUCACUUCCAGCACAGCCGGAGCCAGGGCGAGCGCCUUCUUUCUCGAGAGGCUCCGGAGGAGCUGAAGCAGCAGCCGCUGGCCCUGGGGUAUUUCGUAUCAACUGCCAAAGCUGAGAAUCUCCCCCAGUGGUUUUGGUCAUCAUGUCCCCAGGCUCAGAACCAGUGUCCCCUCUUCCUAAAGGCGUCACUGCAUCACCACAUCUCUGUAGCACAGACGGACGAACUUCUCCCGACCCGGACCUCUCAGUGGGUUCCACAUCCUCUUGACUCCAAAACCACAUCUGAUGUUCUGAGGUUUGUUUUGGAGCAGUACAACGCCCUGUCCUGGCUCACGUGCAAUCCGGCCACCCAGGACCGCACCUCCUGCCUUCCCGUCCACUUUGUGGUGCUCACUCAGUUGUACAACGCCAUCAUGAAUAUACUCUAAUGGAAAAGCACUUGUCCUCUGGCUCAGUUCCUUCUCCUGCAGCCUCAGUCAUGGACCCUGCUGCCCUCUGCAGGUGCCCGCCCUCUUCCCGAGACCACUGCGCAGCCUGCACUGUGACUCCUCCGCAGGCACGUCUUGUCUCUGCAGUGCUCCUUACAGAGUGACUCACAGACACUUCCUCAUGGACCCGGAAACGUCCACAGCAGUGACUCCAGCCAGGGUGUGGCGUGGGCACCCCGGACCCCUGGCUCGUGGGAAGUUUCGGCUGGUGAUGGUUUUUAGGAGGGAAACAGAAGAGACGGUAUCCUUUUGCACACAAGAGUCUGUGUUUUCAGUCUCUGUCUAAACUAAGGGUAGUUUAGCCCUUUGGAUGAAAUCCUCUAGUUAUUGGUGUAUGGCCUGUGGGUUACCUGAACUCCAUAUUCUAGGACUUUUUCAAAAUGAGAACCAGCUCAAGUACAUGAUUUCACCGUGGGCUUCUCUCCCAGUGCGCCCAUCGUGAGGGGCGUGAGUGCUUUGGCUAACUUCAUACCUGUGUGUAGAUACAAAAGUCUGGAGACAUCUUCAUUUUGUUUAUUUAUUUUAAAUUGUUUUGUCAUAGGGUUUUUGUGACUUUUGAUUUUUUUUUUUUUAAUUUGCGAGGACCAGGUACAGUAGCUGAAACCCAACUCAGACCCACUGUAGGAUUCUUUGACUACAUACCUCUGUCCUAAGAACCAGAAAAGGAGUGAAAACAAAUUGGGGAGAUAGGCCUAAAAAGUAAUAUAUUUCUAACCAUCCAGCAGCAGGUUUUGCUAAGAACAAAUUGGGUAAGCAUUCUGCCCAUUCCUUGUUAAUGUGGCCAGCGUUUCAUGAAGGAUAACAUUUUAUACAGAAGGCAGUCAAGCCCAACCUAGAGCCAUGGAGGCACGCACCUUCCUUAGUUUUAUAUAGUCACCAUGGAGAUAUAUUUUCUAGUGAAUUCUUAUUGGAAGCCAGGUCUCUCCUCUCAUUAGAUCAAAGGGGACUCAUGUACAUAUUACAAUCGAAAGUGUUUGCUCAGAAAAUCAGUUACAAAUAUGGUGAAUUUUUUCUGGACCAUAGUAAUAUUAUUUCAAAGAAAUAUUACAACUUAACCAUUAAAUUAGUACUUGAAGUUGAGCCUUCAUGGUGGGACUUUUUUUAAAAAAAUGCCUUUUUAAAGCAUUAGUGGCUAAUUGAAGUAUUUUAUGACUCCUCAUUCCAGGCCCGAGAGGGUUGUCUUUCAGAUUCCGUUUCAGCCCUCGCUGGCGGUGUGUUGUCAGAGGGCGGUGUGGGGCUGGCCCGCGAGGUGCUCUCGCCAGGCCUGGGCGCUAGUCGUCUGUGCAGAGAACCGUGCAAACUAUGAACGUUCUUCCAAGAGACUGCCAUGUCCUGGGUGUUAACAGAAAGGAAAAUGUAAUAACAAUAGGAUUUUGUAAAAGUAUUUUUCUUGAAAUAAUCUAACGUUUAAAACAUUAUAUUAAAAAAGUGGUGUGGUGGGAAUGUGAAAGCAGAGAAAUAACUUGUAAAUGGAUAAUUUUGUUCUCUGUUCCACCAAUUGAGGGGGGGUUUGACUUUCGCAAUGUAUAGGUUUAAAAAAAUCUGAUAUAUCAAAACCAUUUGUAUCUAAUGUGUACAGUGUAAAAUUGACUUUAAAAAUAUUGCAGUGCUAUUUUUUCUUAAUCAGAAAGGAAAAAUUCUCAAGGCCUUUUGAAGAGCAUAAGAUGAUGAAGAUUGUAAACUUGUAUAAAAUUAUCUUGGUGAGAAGACAAAUUGUAAAGUAGAUAUUUGUAAUCUUUUACCACUUUGGGGUUGCUUUUUUUUCCAGAAUUCAUCAGAACUUUGAAUUUUUUUUUUUUUAAUGGGCUGUUUUUAAUGCAGGGGCUUUUCUUCCCUAGAAACCCAAUUCUAAGCAAAAAAAGAAAAAGAAAAAAAACACAAAAAACAAAAAAACCCUACAAAAAUUUUAAAAAAAAAAAGGCAGCAAAGGGUAGAUUUCAUCUGGUGUCUUUUAUUUAAGUUUUUUAAGUUAAGAAAAGCUGGUGACAUAUUUAUACGUUUUUGUGCAAAAAUAAAUGAAUGGCAAUAGAUUUUAAAAAAUCUUAUUAUGUACUUCUGUGUGAAAGUCUGUAUAAUAUUUCCCUUAAAUAUGCAUUAUUUUACUUGUGAGUUUUUUACUGAAUUAAUCUGAAAUGUACAAGCCCUGGAUUUGCUACAGAGUGAGAAGUUAUUUUAUUUUUUUUUUAAUUUUUAAUUUUGGCAAUCCUGCAGAAAUCAGAACUCUUACCAUGGUUUGAACUAAAAAGGGGGAUCGGGCGGGAGGGGGGUCCAGCAUGCCUGUAUGUAUAUCUCAGAGCCUUUUUUAAAUGUAAAAGCUGUACAUUUCUGGGAAGUUCUGAAUUUUUUUGUUUCCUUUUUUCCUUCAAGCAUUUUGCAGUGAGCUUCUUUUAUAUAUAGCAAACAAUUUGAAAGAAUACAAAAAUAUGUGAAGUUCAUUUAAAAAAACCCUGCAGUAUAGCGCUGGUACAGUACACUAAAAGACUUUGAUAAAAGAAACAAUACUAAAAGGCCUCCAUUUUAAAUGUCAUUCAUAUAUACCUUGUGAAUGAGAGCUAUAUACUUUUACACACUUUUUUAGAGGAAUAAAUUAUUGAAUUACUGAGA